AUGGAUCACGACUCAGGCGAAGGGAAGCUGGAGAGUGCGCCAAAGUUUGAUGGGAGCGACUAUUGGACUUGGAGCUUCCGAUUCGAACAAUGGGCAGAGGCGCACGAUCUAUGGGGGUACUUUGACGGCUUGGAGGAGCGACCUGCGACGGGUGACGCACGGCUGAAGUGGGAGAGGAAAAAUCCGAAGGCAUUCGCCCAAUUUUGCAAUGCCUUAGUGCCAGAUGAGCUGAUUCGCUUGGUAUGGGAGUUCGGCGGCAAGACCGAAUUGGGCAGCACACCUGUUGAUGGCGCAGCAAGAGCAGUCACUCAGGUUCCUGCAGGCACAGCAGCGGCAUACACACGAGUGAAGGAGUUCUACCUUCAGCGUGGAUUGUGUAAUCGGAUGGCACUCUCUGAGGAGCUCUCCUCAUUGAAGAUGAAAGAGGGAGAGGGAGUGGCUGCAUACUGGGCGCGUACCGAGGACUUGAGGUCCAAGUACUUGGCUGCAGGAGGGAAGGAGGAGGUUGAGGAGUGGAUGAUGAGGGUACUCAAAGGACUACCUCCUCACUUUGAGAUGCUAAAGGUGGUGCUGAACAACCAGUCAUCAUCACUCACUAAGGAUCAGCUGCUUACCUCCUUGAGGAGCGAGGAGAUGCGGAUUGGUGUCGCACCAAGAUCGGAUGGUGUAGCCACCUUUGGAGCGGGUACGAAAGAAGGCAGCAGCGGCAGGGGAAAUUGGGACAAGAGAGGAAAGCAUGGAGGCACCGGUAGCAGCAGUGACACCAACUCGGGCAGAUGGGGUCAAGGGAAAGGCAAAGUGGGAGUGCUUGAUUUCCCCUGGGGGUCCAAGGGCAUGGCUCCUCGGGGGUUGUGUCAUGGCUGUUGGGAUGAGGGACAUGCAUGGCAGCGAUGUCCUCAUCGACCUAAGGGAGGCAUUCCGGCAUUCUUAAAGCGGGGGGGUCGUGGGUCCAACGGCAAGGCACAGGUGGCGGAUGAGGAGGAGCAGUGGUUGGAGAGGCAGUUGCAGCAGUGGGAGAGGAGCAGCCGCGAGAGGAGCAGCCGCGAGAGGGGUGGUGGAUUGACAGUGGGGCCAACCACAACUUUACUCCUUAUGCUGCGCACACCGUCACUGGGAGGAGCGGUGUAUGUCCUCAGUCUCAUUGGCGACUUCACCAGACGAGUUUGGUCGUUCCCCCUCCCCAACAAGGAAUCGGCCACAGUUGCAAAAGUCCUUCGCCAGUGGCAUAAGGACGUGGAGUUGGAGUGUGGGCGGAAGCUGAAGGCCGUUCGCUCGGACAGGGGUGGCGAUUUCUUGGGGGAAGCUGUAAAAGCAUGGAAGGCGGAGUUUGGCAUUAAAACUCAAUUGAGCGUCGCAGAUACACCGCAACAGAAUGGGGUUGUGGAGAGGUGGCACAGGACGAUGGCAGAGGGGAUUCGCACAUUGUUGGUCGACAAUGGUCUCCCUGCUCGCUUGUGGGGUGAAGCAUUGAUGUGGGUCGUGUGGGUUAAGAACAGGGUCACCCACAGUGCUUUGCCUGCCUCCAUCACACCAAUGGAGGCGUGGUCCGGCCAGAAGCCGCAUGUGGGCAUGGCUCGGAUUUGGGGUUGCAUGGGGAGUGUCAUGCUGCAUGGGCAUGAGAAGGGUGGCAAGCUUGAUGCACGGGCUGUCAUGUGUGUCUGUGUUGGGGUGGACAUGGAGAGCAAGGGUUGGCGCAUGCUGGACCCUUCUCUCAUGCGCAUUCGCAAUGCUCGGGAUGUUGAUUUUCUUGAGAAUGUGAUGUGGAAGGAUUGGGACAAGGCAAAGGGAUUUGGGGAGCUUCUGCAGGAUGCAGCUGCAAUUUCCCAACUCCUCCCUCUUCCACUCUCGCCACCCUCCGCAACGGCUGACGACGUUGAGAUGCCACCUUCAUCACUGCCACCGGCACCGCUGAGUGUGUCGGUGCAGCAGCUGCCCACCCCUCUGCAGCAGCUCAGUGGCCCCUCGGUCAUUCAGCGGAGAUCCGCUACACAGGCUACUUCCUCUUCCUCCUCCUCUGGUCAGCGCUCUGUCCCUCUCUCUACGGGUGCCCCUCCGUCACUAGCGAGUACCUCCCCACCACCGGUUACGGGUUUGCAGGUGCUUGGUAUCCAGUCUGGUACAGGUGGUGAGGAGGUAGGGGGGGAUGCUGGUGUGGUUGAGGGCAUGCUGUGUUUGGCCAGGGAGGUGGAAGGUGUUGCACUGGCAGGUGUGAGCACCGGUGAUGUCCCACGCACACUCGCUGAGGCCCUGCGUGGCCCUGAGGGCCCUGCGUAG